UAAAAACUAUUAAUUAAGCUAUGAGAAUCGAAAAGUGUUACUUCUGUUCUUCAAACGUCCACCCUGGACAUGGAAUCAACUUCGUCCGUAAUGAUUGUAAGAUGUUCAGAUUUUGCCGGUCAAAGUGUCACAAGGCUUUCAAGAUGAAACGUAACCCAAGGAAAGUCAAGUGGACCAAAGCAUUUAGAAAAUCACAUGGAAAAGAAUUGGCAAUUGAUUCCACAUUUGAUCUGGAGAAGAAACGGAGCGUUCCAGUUAAGUACAACAGAGAAUUAUGGAAAAACACAAUCCACGCAAUGAAAAGAAUACAAGAAAUUAGAGCAAAAAGACAAAACCAGUUUAUUAAACAGAGACUGAAGGCUGGUAAGAAGCUCGAACUGAAGGACGAUGAGAAGGAAGUAGAACAUCACAUUCAUCUUAUUGAACCCAAGGUUACUGAAGAGCAAUUGUAUAAUGCAGCUCUCAACAAAACGAAACAGAAACUGCAAGAGAAAAAGAAAUUGCUUGAGGUGGAAUCUAUGGAUAUGGACUAAAAAAUGGCGCAUCAAAUCUUGAUAAAUUAUUCCAUUUAUAAAUUAUUUUGACGUCUUGUGCAUUGUCCCUGAAAUGCUGUGAUCAGAAAAGAAGAAAAGAAAGAAUUAUCUCAUCCAGCAGCACAUUUUGUUCGUUUAAAUGUUCAUUUUGCAAAUGUGUAUUUUCGAGAUUCAACAAUCCAUGAAAAAUCUGAGAUGGACUUGAGAAUUUACAGUUUGGCUGCAAGGGUAUUUAUUUGUUGUAUAAUAGUGUAAUUUCUGUCAGCAUUUUACGAUUGUUUUACCA